AUGCAAAACGACACAGCGGAUAGCGCUCCCUCAGGAUCGAAUAAGAAGGGUACAGUCUACGUAGCAGGCUUAGCUUCAGAGGUGAAUGAAGAUCAAUUAUUGGCUGCUUUCAUCACUUUUGGCGAUAUACUCGACAUCAAAGUACCUCAUGAAGUACAGGAUCCAACGAAACAUCGUGGAUUCGCAUUCAUAACAUUCUCUCAUCCCUCAGACGCUCAAGAUGCCAUUGAUAAUUUCGACUUGAAUGAAUUACCAGGAUAUCAAGGUAGAGGUAAAUUCCUAAAAUGUAGUUUGGCAAAUCCAAAUAGAUUCGCGAGUGAAGGUGGUUCAGGUGGAAAAUUCGAUAAAGCCAUUUGGUCAACAGAUGAAUAUCAAGCUGCUCAUGGCGACAAACCAAGAGACGAGCUAGUAGAGGAAGCGCAACUAGCACAAAAAUAG